AUGCGACAUACGCUUCUUCUUCCUGUAAAGUCUUCGCCGCCACCACCGUCGACCUCGCUCAGUCGACCCACACGAGACGCAGCGGAUGUGAACAAAUCUACGGCCCCCCGAAGUAUCUCACCGCUGGCCGCCGCCGCUUCUUCUUCGAACCCGGACCCGGGCGUCGAGGGUGAACGAUUCCAACAGAACCGUCCGGUGCACUCCCGACGAGAUGUCGUCGUCCUGUUGACGACGACCAACUUCAACGAAGGCGCCAGCAGUAUGGCCAUUCCGGCCUCCAUCUGCACUCCCAGGGCCACGGCUGUGCUUAAGGUAUGA